CUGAAGAGAAAGGAUAGAAAGACUGAAAUCCAGAAAGAGAGAGAGAGAAAUAAAGGAGACGAGGGUGAAAAGUGCUUUGACUGCUUGAAGUGCCAGUGACACACACCAGGAACCUGAGGAGGAACGUGUUCCAUGGACGGCAGCCGUCGGCUGAGGAGGCAGACGAGAAGGAGCAAAGAAGGGGAUGAGGAGAGCUCUCUCUUUCUCUCUCUGGAAAGAAGGGAGACUGGCCUUCACGACAACUGAUCCUUUCUCCACCUCCGUCUGCUGAACUGAAUCACAGGGAACGAAAGAGAAAGCCCCUCAGACACUCUCACACCCACACUAGUACACUAAGAAUCCUUCCCCCCCAUCCACACACACAGUUUUGACUGAGCCGUCAUGGGGACAGUGAGCGAACUUUGCGCAUCCAGUUUCCAAGCGUUCCUGCAUCCUGCGGUGAAGGAUCCGCCUCCUCCAGUGCCAGAUGACCUCACCCCUGAGGAGCAGCAUGAGCUGGAAAACAUCCGCCGACGCAAGCAAGAGCUGCUGGAAGACAUUCAGCGUCUGAAGAAUGAGAUAGCAGAAGUGACCAGUGAGAUCGAGAACCUGGGUUCCACAGAGGAGAGGAAAAACAUGCAGAGGAACAAACAAGUGGCCAUGGGCCGAAAGAAAUUCAACAUGGACCCUAAAAAGGGGAUUAAGUUCCUGAUUGAGAACGACCUGCUUAAGCACACCAGCUCUGACAUCGCCCAGUUCCUGUACAAGGGGGAGGGGCUAAACAAGACCGCCAUCGGAGACUACCUUGGGGAGAGAGAUGAGUUCAACCUCCAGGUCCUCCAUGACUUUGUGGAGCUCCAUGAAUUCACUGACUUGAACCUGGUCCAGGCCCUGAGACAGUUCCUGUGGAGCUUCCGGCUGCCUGGCGAGGCCCAGAAGAUCGACCGCAUGAUGGAGGCUUUCGCCCAGAGAUACUGCCAGUGCAACCCUGGUGUCUUCCAGUCCACAGACACCUGUUACAUCCUGUCGUUUGCCAUCAUCAUGCUGAACACCAGCCUCCACAACCCCAACGUGAAGGACAAGCCGGCCGUGGAGCGUUUCAUCUCCAUGAACAGAGGAAUCAACGAUGGAGGAGACCUUCCAGAGGACCUGCUCAGGAACCUGUAUGACAGCAUCAAGAACGAGCCCUUCAAAAUCCCUGAGGACGACGGGAACGAUCUCACACACACCUUCUUUAACCCAGACCGGGAGGGCUGGCUGCUUAAACUGGGGGGACGCGUCAAGACCUGGAAGAGAAGAUGGUUCAUUCUCACGGACAACUGUCUGUAUUACUUUGAGUACACCACUGACAAAGAGCCCAGAGGGAUCAUUCCACUGGAGAACCUCAGCAUCCGAGAGGUUGAGGACAAGAAGCCUAACUGCUUUGAACUCUUCAUCCCAGAGAACAAGGACCAGGUGAUCAAGGCCUGUAAGACGGAGGCGGACGGCAGAGUGGUGGAGGGGAACCACACCUUCUACAGGAUCUCUGCUCCCACCACGGAGGAGAAGGAUGAGUGGAUGAACAGCAUCAAAGCUGCCAUCAGCAGGGAUCCCUUCUAUGAGAUGCUGGCCACCCGCAAGAAGAAGGUCUCCUCCAUGAAGAGACACUAGAGCUGCUCAGGACUCCUCCUCUUCCCCCCGUUGAGAGAGUUUGGACCCAUCCUGCUGAGACCCUGAGACUUGUGUUUUCAGGCCUGGGGAUGGGGUUGGGGCAGGGGCUGCAGACUGGGGGUUGGGGCCUCUUUCCUCGGUCAGCAUUUCUCUGGGAUAGGCUCUAGCUUUGGGAUUCCACAGACCGACCAACAGGACAGGGUGCAUGCUGUCCUGCCACCCCCUCCUCCUCUUCCCCCUGCUCCUGUCUCUGUGGCUGAAUGCUCUCCGUCUCUCUCUAAACUCUUUGCUGUGUGUAUUUUGGGAGGAAGGGGUCUAUCGCUUUCCGGGUAAAAUGGAUCCCCUCCCUCAAAAAGACAUGUGCACACACACCCAUACCCUCACUCACACCAAUGUCGUACACUGAAGUCAUACACACACACAUACACACACACACACACACACACACACACACACACACCACACACACACACCUCAUCUAAACUCAGCAGGUCUGAUGGAGUUGUGGCAUCCCAACCAAAAUAUUCCUACUAGCUUUCAAAAGGAAAGGUGAGAUGCUUUUCUGUAUACGUUAAUAUGAUGGGCAACGUGUGUUUGUAGAGCUUACUACUGUAUAUAUUUCCCUCAGAAUCUUGAGCUUUUGGGUUUCAGUUUUAGUUUUUGAUAAGGUUUUUAGAAAGACUGAGGGGGAAUGGGUUAUAUUGCCAACCGACGAUUUUUUUGAAACGAGAAUAAACUUUUUUGAAGUCUUUCUGUCAAAGUUGCCUCUCAGGAGAUUGUUACUUGGCUCUGGAUCGGUCUGUAUCAGGAUAAACUUAGACUCUGUCCAAACUGUCACUCAGUAACUGAAGGAAGAGUUCAUUUACAAUGAGUUUUUAAAAUUAACAUAAUUAAAUGAACAUGUUUGCCAUUACAUUUGCCUGUUUAUAUGCACAUAAUCUGUGCCAAUAAUUGAGCUUUGACAGCUAUAUUCCUCCAUCGCUGUUUGUCCCUGACUCUUUGUUGAUCAUAUGUUUCCCCAGUUGUUUGACAGCAGUUUAGACCUGCUAACUUUGUUGUGAAAACACACUCCGAAACAUGGUUGUUAAACACAGUGUCGUGUUCAUUAGGCACCGAAACGGAAGAA